AUGGACCGCAGCGAGUCGCUUGCGUUCAAUCAAUUGGACCAGGGUUAUGUGAGCAAACUGCGGGAUGCCUUCAACACGCUCGAUGUGGACGGGGACGGGAAGAUUGGCAGAGACGAUCUGGUGGCCAGUUUGGCGUCCGUGGGCAAGUCGCACUCGGAUGCAGAAGUCGACGCAAUGCUAGCUGGUACCACUGAGAUUAAUUUUGCGUCGUACCUGACUUUGAUGAGCCAUGCAAGGAUGUCUGAGACCGUGGAUGAAGACGCCUUGCGGUCCAGUCUCCUAGAAUUGGCGCGGGUAAAUGGCGACGGAACCGAGACACUCGACCAGGAAACACUUUUGAAGUACCUUCGGGACGCGGGGUUCUUUGACCCUGAAGCAGAGUUUGAGAAACUGUUCCAAACGUUCACCUCGAGGGGCAGCUUCCAGGUUAAACAGUUCAUGGACACAAUUUCAGAGAAGUGA